CAACCCUGACUUAAGGCGCACAUUUUAUUCUGCACCCAGCUGGUGCAGCAAUAAGAAAGAAACUUCAAUAUAAUUCGGCACUUAAAUUUCAAUUUAUAUUAUAUAUAAAUUAUUUUUUCUUGUUAAAGUGUUAAUAAAUAAAAACAAAAAUUAAACAUGUCAUACAUUUCUCGAGCUUUUAAUAUUCUGCAAAAGGCGACAAGGAUCAACCGUCAAGCAUUACGUUUGACUGCCCUGAACUCAAACGUAACACCACAAAACGUGCCGUACAGAUCGACUCCCGCAUUCUCAAAUUUUAAUUUUGUACGUCAAGUAAAUACAGCCGCUCCUGAAGAAGUCAAACAGGAUGAGGAGCCACAGAAACACAACAUUAUACGUGACACCGAAAAAGGUGUUGGAGACGCGAAUAAACACGAAUUCCAAGCAGAAACACGUAUGCUCUUGGAUAUUGUUGCCCGUUCUUUGUACUCUGAAAGCGAAGUAUUUGUACGUGAAUUGAUCUCGAAUGCUAGCGAUGCUUUGGAAAAAUUUCGCUACACCAUACAAACUGCUGGAGAUGAGCAAAGUGAUUAUGAAAAUGCUGAUCGUGCUAUGGAAAUACACUUACAUACCGAUAAACCAGCAAUGAAGUUGACUAUACAAGAUACUGGCAUUGGCAUGACACGUGAGGAACUUAUCAAUAAUCUGGGCACAAUUGCACGUAGUGGUUCUAAACAAUUUUUGGAACAAAUUAAGAAGAAAAGUGAAAGCGAAGAAAAUUCAUCGAAUAUUAUUGGUCAAUUUGGUGUAGGCUUUUAUUCCGCUUUUAUGGUGGCAAAUAAAGUUGAAGUGUUUACACGAUCCUCAAAGGAGAACUCUCCUGGUUUUCGUUGGUCGACAGAUGGCAGCGGAUCUUAUGAAAUACAAGAAGCAGAGGGUGUAGCACUUGGUACUAAAAUUGUAAUUCAUCUUAAGCCAGAAUGUCGCGAGUACUCAGAUGAAGAACGUAUUAAAGCGGUCAUUAAAAAAUAUAGCAACUUUGUGGGUUCACCCAUUUAUUUAAAUGGUUUACGCGCCAAUGAAGUAAGUCCCGUCUGGCUAAUGGAACCUAAGGAUGUCAAACAAGAACAGCAUAAUGAAUUUUAUCGUUUCAUUGCUAAUACAUACGGUACACCACGUUUCACUUUACACUAUAAAACCGAUGUUCCUUUAAGCAUUCGAGCUUUGUUGUAUUUCCCAGAAGGAAAACCUGGCUUAUUUGACUUAGCACAAGAUAGAGAUAUUGGUGUUGCACUUUAUUCCCGCAAGAUUCUAAUUCAAUCAAAAACCGACAAUUUGCUACCAAAAUGGUUAAGAUUUAUUAAAGGUGUCGUCGAUUCAGAAGAUAUACCUCUAAAUUUGAGUAGAGAACUAUUACAAAACAGUUCACUGAUUAAAAAAUUAUCAGAUGUGCUAGUCAGUCGCAUAUUAAAAUUUUUACAUGAACGCUCCAAAAAACAAAUUGAGGAUUAUGAGAUUUUCUAUAAGGACUAUGGUCUAUUUUUGAAAGAAGGCAUAGUAACUACCCAUGAUCAAAGCCUUAAAGAGAAUAUAGGCAAACUGCUACGUUUCGAAUCGUCAAAAUCUCCUGGUGAUAAACGAGUUUCACUUGAAGACUACUGUAAAAAUAAUACCGAACAAAAGGACAUCUAUUAUUUAGCCGCACCAAAUCGUACAUUAGCUGAAUGUUCACCAUACUAUGAGAGCCUCAAAAAGCGUGGCGUCGAAGUUUUAUUCUGCUAUGAACAAUACGAUGAAUUGGUUUUAUUGCAACUAAGACAAUUCCAAGGAAAGAAUUUAGUUUCAGUUGAAAAAGAAAUGCGAGAAAAUAAAUCUGAUGAGAGUAUAACUGAUUAUGGUGAAGAUAGUUUAAGACCUACAGAAGCCACGGAAUUAAGUAAUUGGUUAUCGAAUAAAUUAAGUGGAAAAGUGGUCAAUGUUAAAGUUACCACACGUCUUGAUAAUCAUCCUUGUGUGAUAACUGUUGAGGAAAUGGGUGCAGCUAGACAUUUUAUACGCACACAAAGUCAUCAAUUACCAGAAGAAAAUCGUUACCAAAUACUUCAACCACAAUUGGAGAUUAAUCCAAAACAUUUAAUCAUUAAGAAAUUAUUCAAACUGCGUGAUUCUGAUCCAGAACUAGCUGGUCUACUCACCGAACAAUUAUUUGCGAAUGCAAUGGCAGCUGCUGGACUUACCGAUGAUCCACAUAGCUUAAUAGCUAAUUUAAAUGAACUUUUACUAAAAGCAUUAGAUAAACACUAAAUUAUAAAUAUAUGUGUUAUUUAGAGUUAUUUAGAUAUAAGCGUAUCGAUUAUAAGCAUCGAUUUUUCUUACUGUGAUGCUUGGUAUUCAACUGAGUUUUUAGAUUUAGUAUAAAAAUAUUGCCCAGUUUCCAUUGCUUGGGUUUGGAUUAAAAUUAUUCAAUUAAAGUUAACAACAA